AACUUCAGUUUGUUAGCUAAGGCAGCUGGUGGUAAAGUCACCCUGAGGACUUGGGUUCUCCGGUAGCCACCGCGGCUUGAAGAGCAAGCGGGUACCAUGGACGGGAUCAGUCUCAUCACUAUAGAUAAUGACACGGAGGAAGUGGGCUCAGGUGACUAUGACUCCAUCAAGGAACCCUGCUUCAGGGAAGAAAACGCCAAUUUCAACCGAUUCUUCCUGCCCACCAUCUACUCCAUCAUUUUUUUGACUGGCAUAGUGGGUAAUGGAUUGGUCAUCCUGGUAAUGGGUUACCAGAAGAAACUGAGAAGCAUGACUGACAAGUAUAGGCUGCACCUGUCAGUGGCGGACCUCCUCUUUGUUCUCACACUUCCCUUCUGGGCAGUUGAUGCUGUGGCAGGCUGGUACUUUGGGAAGUUCCUAUGCAAGGCAGUCCACGUCAUCUACACGGUCAACCUCUACAGCAGUGUCCUCAUCCUGGCUUUCAUCAGUCUGGACCGGUACCUAGCCAUCGUCCACGCCACCAACAGUCAGAGGCCAAGGAAGCUGUUGGCUGAAAAGGUGGUUUAUGUUGGCGUCUGGAUACCCGCCCUUCUGUUGACUAUUCCUGAUUUCAUCUUCGCUAAUGUCAGUAAAUCGGAUGAGAAAUAUAUCUGUGACCGCUUCUACCCCAAUGACUUGUGGGUGGUUGUGUUCCAGUUUCAGCACAUCAUGGUUGGCCUCAUCCUUCCAGGGAUUGUCAUCCUGUCCUGCUAUUGCAUUAUCAUCUCCAAACUGUCACACUCCAAGGGCCACCAGAAGCGCAAGGCUCUCAAGACCACAGUCAUUCUCAUCCUGGCUUUCUUCGCCUGCUGGCUGCCCUACUACAUUGGGAUCAGCAUCGAUUCCUUCAUCCUCCUGGAAAUCAUCAACCGAGGCUGUGAGUUUGAGAAUACAGUGCACAAGUUGAUUUCCAUCACUGAGGCCCUCGCCUUUUUCCACUGUUGCCUGAAUCCUAUCCUCUAUGCCUUCCUUGGGGCCAAAUUUAAAACCUCUGCACAGCAUGCACUGACCUCUGUGAGCAGAGGGUCCAGCCUCAAGAUCCUCUCAAAAGGAAAGCGAGGUGGACAUUCUUCUGUUUCAACUGAAUCUGAAUCUUCAAGUUUUCAUUCCAGCUAACACUGAUUUAAAAGACUUUUUAAAAUACUAUACAGAACUUUUUUUUAAGUUACACAUUUUUCAUAUAUAAAAGACUGACCAAUGCUGUACAGUUUUUAUUGACUGUUGGAUUUUAUCUUGUGUUUUUUAGUUGUUGUGAGGUUUAAUUGACUUAUUUAUAUGAGUAUUUUUUGUUUCAUGUUGAUGAGCGUCUAGGCGGGACCUGUGGCCAAAUUCUUAGUUGCUGUGUAUCUGACUAUAGGACUGUAGUAAAGGAAACUGAACAUUCCAGAGUGUGUAGUGAAUCACAUUAAGCUAGCAGUGAUUCUUAGCUGUUUGUACAUAAAUAAUCUCUCUACUCCAGUGGAACUUUUUUUUUUCCUGUUGAUACAUUGUUUGGUUAUACUAUGUGAUUUUUCUGUAGAAGAUGGCACUUAUACCCAAAGCCUCAAGUGGUAUAUAAAUGGUGGUUUUUCAGUUUUCAGGAGUAAGUUGAUUUUAGAAUCUACAAUGUACAGUCUUUGUAUUAAGUUGGUAAUAAAAGUACAUGAUAAACUUA